AUGAAUCAAUCGAGUAAAAUAAAAAGUUUAGAAAUUAAACCAAAUUCAUCAUUUUUAAUAAAGACACAAUUAAGAAUUCAAGAAAAAUUUACAAGUGAUAAUGGAUCAAUAUUAAUAUUUGAUGCAGAUUCAAUUGGCGAUGGUACAAUGAUAAUUGGUGGUGAUGUAAAUUUAUUUGGUUCAAUGUAUAUUCAAAGUUAUUUUAGUAUUUAUUCAAUGAAAACGUUAAAUAUAUAUGGUCAAUUGAAUUUGGGAGGGUUAUGUUAUAUAAAUAGUUUUACAAAAUUCUCUGGUUUCCAAAAUGGGAUAUAUGGAUCGAUGUUUAUUUUUACAAACAAUACAGAGUUUAAUAAAAAUUUUAUGUUACUUGAUACAUCAUUAAUAGAUUUCGUUGGUAGUGAUUGUAAUUAUUUAAUGACAAAUAAUUCACUUUCGACGUUAAUUCGUUCAAUGUUUAGUAUAUUAGAAACAUCAUUACAAUUAAAAAAAAGUAAAUUAAUAUUAAAUGAAUCAAUUCAAAAUAUUAAAGAAUCAAAUGUAACCAUUGAAAUGGAUAGUGCAAUUAAUGUACAUAAGAAUUCUACAUUAAAAAUUUAUAAUACAGAAUUCAUAAUAGAUGGUUCAACAUUAGUUUUUGAAUAUUUUUCAAAUGGUACAAUUGAAAAUUCAAUUUUUAAACUUUAUAAUAAAUCUUCGAUUCUCUUUUAUAAUGGUAGUUUUGUUGAAGUUUUAGGUGGUCAAAUGUUAUUAUUUGAUUCUUAUUUAGAUAUUUACAAUGGUUCAGAAUUAAUAAUUAAUGGAACAUUUGAAAAUUUUAGAGUUUAUAAUCAAACUGCAGUUGAAAUUUCACAUUUAGGAAAAUGUAGUAUCAUUGGUAGAUUAAACCUAUUUGAUAAAUCCUCUUUUAAAUGUAAAAGAGGUAGUGAAUUAUUAAUUAAUGGAACAUUAGUACAUUAUCAUAAUUCAUUUAUAAAUUCAACAUUAGCAUCUGUUAUUUUAAAUGGUGAUUUGAUUUUAAAGGAUGAAUCAUUUGUUCAAUCUGUCGAUUCAUACUUUAAUAUUAAUGGUAAUUUAAUAAUGGAAUCAAAUACAACUUUAAAAAUUAAAAAUUCAACAUUUAUUGUACCAGGUUCAAUUUAUUUAAAUUCAUCAAUCAUUCUCAACUCAUCAUUUUUAUAUUUAAAUGGUAGUUUUAUAGCCCAUACUGAUUCACCUUCAAAUUUUACAAAAUCAGUUUUAAAUAUUACAGGUGAAAUUUAUUUAGAUGGUGUUUUAUCAUUUAAUGAUACUUUUAUUCAAACAAAUUCAAAUUUUUCAAUUGGUGGUGAUAUCAUUGGUAAUAAAAUGAAAAUUUCAACAUUUGGUCAUUUUAAAAUUGAAAAGAAUGCUUCAUUUCUUUGUGAUGGUUGUACAUUGGAUAUUGGUAAACGAGGUGAAUUUAUUUAUGAUAGAUAUUCAGUGAUAAAAUUAAAUAAUACAAAAAUCAAUAUUAAUCCACUUGGUGUAGUUAAAAGUUUUGGAAUUAUUCAUGUAAUUCAUGGUACAUCAAUUACAAAUGUUGGUAAUUUCGAACAUUCCUCACAUAUUUAUCAUAAUCAUAUUAAUGGUGAAUUAUCAUUAUUAAAUGAAUCAAUUAUAAGGAAUAAAGGUAAUUGGAAAUGUAUUGAUGUUAAUGAAACUACAUUUACAAAUAAAAGUCAAAUUGAUUUACCAUUUUUUAAUGAUGGUGGAGUUUUACAUAUUUCAGGUUCACAUACAUUUUUUAAAUUAUUCUAUCAAGAUAAUAAUGGUAAAAUUAGUUUAUCCAAUAAUGGCUCAAUUAGUUCAAUUAGACCUUUAAAUUUAAAUAAUGGUUAUUUAGUUGGAAAUGGUUCAAUCAUUGGUUCAGUUAAUAUGAGUGGAGAAAUUGGUCAACAAUAUACACCAAAUCAAUUAAAUAUUAAUGGUGAUUUACAUUUUUCAUCAGAAAAUUCAAAAAUUAUCAUUACAAUUGAUAAAGAUCAAUCAUUUACAACCAUAAAUGUUAAUCAAACUAUUAAUUUAACAAAUUGUAAUAAUUCUUGUGAAUUGGUUUUUCUAAUUCAUCAAGAUAUGAUUAGUAAUGGUGAAUUUGAAUUUUUAAAAUAUAAUUCAUUGGUUGGUUCAAACUUUAGUUCAAUUAAAUUUCAGACAUACAAUAAUCUUGAUGCUAUUGAAAAUAAUAAAAAAACAAUUUCAAAUUCUUCAAUUAUAAAUGGUUGUCAAGUUUCAAUAAAAAGUGGUCAUAAAUCAAUGGCAUUAAUGUUUAAUAGUUGCAUGGAAAGAAAAUCAAUUCCAGUUUAUACUUAUAUAUUUUCUGCUGUUGGUGUAGUUUGUAUUGGUUUACUUGUAAGUUUAGGAAUUCAAAAUAGGCAUAAAAUUAAAACAAAAUAUUUACAUUGGAAAGAUAGAACUAGAGAAUUAAAAUAUAAUAAUAAUAAUAAAAGAUAA